AUGCCCUCGCCGCCCAUUCGUGUCUGUGUCCUCGUGUGCUCCUACGAGGGUUCGGAUAGUGAACUGAAGGAGUACGAGGGGGAACUCGUGCAGACGCCGCAGCACUACUUUACGCAGGCGGACGCGAAGGAAUUUGUCUUUACCCUCGAGUUUGUUAAGAAGUCGACGGCCUACCGCCAAAUACGUCAGUUAGUGAAGUCUGGGGCCUUCGAUGUCUUCUACAACCAGUGCGAUGGAGCCAUUGACGAGGACAAAGCCGGCGUGGAUGUGGUGCAGGCGCUUGAGAGCUUCAACGUUCCAUUCACUGGCGCCAUCUCCAAGUACUAUGAGUUGUCUAAGCCAGAGAUGAAGCGCAUGGCACACUACUGCGCCGUCAAAACAGCACCGUACGCCGUGCUGGAGUCCAGUGACGACGUGCGGAGGCUGUGCGCCGCACUGCAUUUUCCGUUGAUUGUGAAGCACAUCUCUGGCUACAGCAGCGUGGGCAUGGACAAGUCUUGCAAGGUGCACAAUAUGGAUGCGCUGGAGGAAAGGGUGGCGCGCUUCAUUGACCAGUACCAGAUCGCCCUCGUGGAGGAGUUUAUUCCCGGCGACGAGGCGACUGUAUUGGUGUGCGCCGAUGCCACACAACCUGGUGGAAUACGUGUGUUUCCGCCAGUCAUGGUGCAGUUUCCGGCGGGGGAGGACUUUAAGCACUUCCACCUCAAGUGGGAAACUUAUGAAGGGAUGAACUGGCGUUUUGUCUCAGAGGAUGACCCCGCGUUGCCGGAUAUGAUUCGCAUAGCGAAAACGUCAUUUCUUCAUAUGAUGGGGGGAGUGGGGUACGGCCGCGUCGACAUUCGCAUUAAUCGUGCCACAAAUACCGUUGUGUUUCUUGAAAUCAACCCCAAUUGCGGCAUUAUGUAUCCCUACGGACAGGAAGGCUCUGCGGAUUGGAUCCUGCGGCUUAUGCCAGAUUUUAAGCAAAAGGAGUUCGCCAAGCUGCAGAUACGUGAGGCCAUUCAGCUGCAUGCACGCAAGCAGCUACCCUUUCGCUGUGCCUAUGAUCCGGUGCGGGAAUAUUACCUCUGUGCCACACGGGAUAUACCCGUGGGCAGUGUUGUGUUUGAGGGGGAGGGACGCCUAGUGCGGCUGUGCACCAAGCCGUACGUGAAGGCCCAUUGGGGCGAGGUGGAGUACAAUGAGUUUCUGCAUGACGCCUGGCCUGUUGGGGCCGAGGGCCACUACUAUGCACUCUGGGACCUGGGGUCCUCAGACUGGCGUGCAGUUAACCACUCCUGUGACCCAAAUGUGGGGUUUUGUCAGAAUCGUUCCCUUAACGCUCACGCUCUUCGCGACAUCGCAAAGGGGGAGGAGCUCACGAUGGACUGUCGCCUUUUCAUGGACGACACGAUGCCGCCAUUCCAGUGCCGCUGCAAGGCAGCUACUUGCGCAGGCUGGAUCCGCGGAAGCGCCAAGCGUGGCAGCACUCACCGUGAGUCCUGCAGUGGGACUUUGACUCGCCGGGACGACAGCCUAAUUGCACCGGUGGCAGAGGAUUGA